CUAAAGUGUGACAGUCAAUAAGCUGUAGGAGUUAACUUACUCCGAAAGAUGGCAGUAAUGCAACUUUCAAGGAUGCAAGCUGCCGGUAAACAACACCGAAGAAGAAGAAGAAGCCACUGAAGUCUAUGGUACGCUCCAUGUUUUCACCCGAGUACACUGUGUGUAGUUCACGUAAUUAGCAAGGCAUGGCGACUUGUGCUUCUUUUCAGGUUCAGAUGGUCUCCAUCAUGGAGGUUUUAACUAAAACGGCACUCGCAGAAAUUACUAAACUAGUCGACGACGCGUCUGCGGCAUUACGAUUGGAAAUGUGCAGAAGCCAAAGAGAGAACGAGGCGCUAAAAAGUAAGUUACUGGUUAUGGAGGAAGAGCUCAGGGCUGCGCGAGGAUGCGAAGAGGGAACGCCGGACAGUUCUCUAAACAUCGCAUUUGAAGUUAAGGUUUGCGACGAAUUCAGAGAAGAACAAAACUGUACGGUUGCAAGGAAAGUAAAUGUCGCCGUAGAGAGAGUCUUUGAUGCGCGAUUGAGCACAAGUCCGGCCAAAGAUGAACAGUACGUAUCCGUGGAGAAGAUGAAGACUGUUACGGAUGCCUUGGACAUAAAGUACGAGCCUGAAGACGGGGAGCAGGAUUGGUCAGAAUCUGUGCCGCUCAGCAAGGAUUGGCUGGAAGAGGACCCAAAGACGAGCCAAUCACAGGCAGAACAGAAAAUCUUUGAGGAGACUAGCUGUGGCACAUCAGAGGCAGCCGUAGCUGCUGCUAACGGUGGUGAAGGACCCCUCUGUGAGGAGAAGGAGGAGCUGCACAUGCAGCCCUGCCCUGCAGGAGACCCAGAGAAGGGGCUGCAAGCCAAACUGAAGCAGGAGCCCGACGGGGAGCCUCUCACCCCUGGACACCCCCUGCCAGGAUCUGGAGAGGGGCUGGAGGUCCAGUGCGCGUGGAGCAAGGCCACCAGAUCGGGAAAGGUUCAGGAAAUGCUCCGACAGCACGGAGGAAGCUCGGAGCCCGGAGGUGCACGGUCAAAUGACCGAUUCUCUCCUCGCCAUUACAGAGCUUCUCGGAGGCUGCGCUCUGAGAAGAACGAGGGCCCAACGUCACACCUCGAGCAGGAACAAAAUGGCCGCCCCGGCGGGGCGCCUGAUGCCAUUUCGGCAGAGAUGGCGGUCCCUCUGGGUUCUCCGGGACAGCGUGCUGGAAGCACCCUGUGCGAGGAGAGUUUCAGCACGUCGGCAGCAGCAGGGAGUUGCCAGAGAAUCGAGGGACGGGAGGAGUUCAUCUGCACGUGCUGCAGGAAGACGUUCCCGGAUGCUCUCGAGCUGCAGACGCACGAGGAGGAGCAGCACGGCACGGGGAGACGGUUCGGCUGUUCGGAGAGCGGCAAAGCUUUCGCUUGCUCCAGCGUCCUGGAAAAGCACCAGCGGAUUCACAGCAGGAAGAAACCGUUCGCCUGCUCAGGGUGCGACAAAACCUUCUCCCAGUGGCACGUCCUCCAGGCUCACGAGAGCAUUCACACGGGGGAGAAACCGCACGUCUGCACGGACUGUGGAAAACGCUUUCCCUUCAAAAGCUUCCUUAAGAGCCACCAGCGCGUUCACACCAGGGAGAAACCGUUCGUUUGCGCGCAGUGCGGUAAAAGCUUCUCCCAGAACAGCACUCUUAAAACUCACCAGAUUACGCACUCCAGAGAGAAAUGCUUCCGCUGCACGUUGUGCAGUAAGAGCUUUGGCCGUCUCUGCGACCUUAAGUAUCAUCAGAGUGUCCACACAGGAGAGAAACCGCACAGCUGUGACGAGUGUGGGAAGAGCUUUGCCCAACUGUGCACCCUCAAGAUUCACCAAAGGGUCCACACAGGAGAGAAACCGCACAGCUGUAACGAGUGUGGGAAGAGCUUUGCCCAACAGUCCACCCUCAAGGCUCACCAGAGGUUGCACACAGGAGAGAAACCACACAGUUGUGACGAGUGUGGGAAGUGCUUUGCCCAUCUGCACACCCUCAAGUCUCACCAGAGUGUGCACACAGGAGAGAAACCACACAGCUGUGACAAGUGUCGGAAGAGCUUUGCCCAUCUGUCCACCCUCAAGUCUCACCAAAGGGUCCACACCGGGGAGAAACCGUACGGUUGCUCGCUGUGCGGCCGCGGUUUCUCCCGGAACCGCAGCCUUAAGAGACACGUACUUUCUCACAGCACGGUGUAAAAAAUUUGUGGAAUUUUGAGCAAAAAUCGAAGAUCUUAACCUCUCCUCCUCGGCGAGCAAGUUCCACUUUAUGUGCGCAGAGCAGAACACAUGGACCCCAUUUUACACAGAGCUCACUUAGUCUGGCCUUCUCAGCUCAGGGAAUCGUAGAACCACAUACCUGCUCUGAGAAGGCAGUUGAACACACCUCCAUAAUCAGACACACCUGUGAGGCAAUUUGUCCCAAAAAGUAUUAUAGAGCUCACUGUAUUUUGAGAAAUAAUAUUUGGCAUGGAUUUUUAUUGUAUAAUUGUUGACCUUUUUUUAAAAAAAAAAAAUCUGUUACCAAUGACCAUCAAUAAAUUGGAUUUGGAUUUUAUGUUUUAGUAAAACUGGCAUGCAAGCAUCACCCUCCCCAGUGAGCCAGAACUGGCAGCUUGGGCUCUGCUAUAGUACAGACUGGGCCCCCGCAGCUUGCAGUACAUUUCCAAGAAGCAAAAACAAAUACUACAGUUCUGACCUGUGAGUGACCUGUCAAUCAAAGCCCAGACUUGGGCUCAAUCAAAGGGAGAAUUGAACAACCAACAAUAUUGUUUGCUUUCAUUGGAAAUAAGCUUGUUUUGGUAGACAUUAGCUGGUUUUAUUAAUAAAGAAAUGUGGAUGUGAGGACUAAAUGCCAAACGUGUUGGUUUCUAGUAUAAUGACGCAUGACAUGUUAACUUUUCUUUUGACUGAGAUCUUCCUUGUCCAUUUUCUUUGUCAUUGUAACUGAAUGCAGCGAAAAUAUAUUUCUCAAGGUCAGUUUAUUGCGUGUACGGAGUGAUUUUAAGCAAAAUGAAAAGUCUUUGCAUUUGGAUGAGAAAUAAAACGUGUUUUUUCAUAACGAUCAUUGUCGUUCAGAAUUGCGUCUGAUAUUGUGAAAUUAAAGAGACCACCUUACCGUGGGCACUGUGA